AUGGGAGGGGGUUCAAAUUCAAAGAGGCAUCAUCAUGUCAAUAGGGGCACUGAGUCCACAAACACACAGAAUAAUUUCCAACUACAAACGCAAGUUCAAGAACGUGUUACAGUUUUCGAUCAACACUUCUAUGAUGGAAUCCCGUGCUUUGCUGAUAUUUGCUUUCUCCACAAGUCAAUCUCAAUCUCGAAGUUCUCAGAGGUGAGUUUACUCUUGGGCAGAGCUGGUACUAUUGGAUGUGCCAAGGUUUUGGACACCAUUGGGAGCAGCAUUACAAAUUUAAAUGCUGGCAGUGGGUUUGUUUCUGGAGCUGCGAUUAAGGGGAAUGAAAUAUCUAUCUUAGCAUUUGAGGUUGCAAACACAAUUGUCAAAGGCUUUAAUCUCCUGGAAUCUCUUUCCGCAGAAAGUAUAAGGCAUUUAAAAGAAGAGGUGCUUCUUUCACAGUGUGUGCAAGGUUUAAUAUCAGAAGAUAUGAAUGAACUUCUUAGGAUUGUUGCAGCAGACAAGAGGCAGGAGUUGCAAGUUUUUUCUAAUGAGGUGAUUCGCUUUGGAAAUCGUUUGAAGGAUCCUCAGUGGCACAAUUUAGACCGUUACUUAGAGAAGGAAUAUAAACUAAUUAGCAGACAAAUAAACACUGAAGGACUGCCACCUGUUAGCAGACAAUUAAACACUGAAAUACUGUCAAGAGACAAGGCAGGAUCAAUAAUGCAACGAUUGAUGACUUUGGUUCAUUUUACAGUUGAAUUGUACCAUGAAUUAGAUGCUUGGGAUAAACUUCAAGAUCUUCAGCGUAAGUGUGAGUUGGAGGAUCAAAGAGGUGAUGAUGGUCUUGAGUACUUCAGGGCGGAAAUUAGAAGACAAAAGAGGCAAAUUAGACACUUAAAGAAAAAAUCACUCUGGUCUAGAACUUUGGAGGAGGUUAUGGAGAAGCUUGUAGAUAUUGUCCUUUUUUUGCGUUUGGAGAUAAGCAAUGCCUUUGGCAAUACAGAAGACCACGAACCAUUAAUUGGCCACAAGAGCAAUUGCCAAAGAUUGGGCCCUGCAGGCCUUGCUUUGCAUUAUGCAAAUAUAGUGCUUCAAAUUGAUAAUCUUGUAGCCAAAUCAACUAUUACUGCUGCAAAUACGAAGGAUUCACUAUAUCAAAGCUUGCCUUCUAAUGUAAAAUCAGCUCUGCGUUCCAAAUUACCAUACCUUCGUGUUGUAGAAGAGAGUGUAGCCAAUAUCACAAAUGAGAUGGAGAAAACAUUACGUUGGUUGGUCCCCAUGGCCGCUAACACAUCCAGAGCGCAUCAUAGAUUUGGAUGGGUUGGGCAGUGGGCAAACACAGGGUAUGAGGUAAACAGGAAAAGUGGUGUAAUGUGGAUUGAGACAUUCCAUCAUGCAGAUAAAGACAAAGUGGAACGUUAUAUUCUUGAACUUGUCUUUUGGCUUCAUGGCUUAGCCAUCAAAAGUAAGACUGACUGUGAUGCUAUUGCUGGCUAA